AUGAUACAACUGCUCUCGUUCCACAAAAAAUGUCUGCAAAAAUUGAUCAAAAAGUUAUUGUCGAUUUUAUUUUUCAUAGGUGAAAAAAUGUUUAUUACAGCUUUAAAUCACCAACAAGCACCAAUUCCUUGCGUUCUUGAUGAACUUGGAACUCAUGAACAUGGCCAAACAUUUACCAAGGGUAAUUUUCAUUACAAAUGCAAUAAUGGAACAUCAGAAGUGAUUGCUUGUGUGUCAGAUGAUAAAUCUGUUAUACACGUAGGAAGAACGUUCCUUCAUGAAGGUAUCAAACACAAAUGCUCAGUGAAUGGGGACAUUGUCACUUAUGAAAAAGAAUCUACGUGCUUCGAAAAUGGUAUUCACUACAGUAUCGGUGAAUCUUUUCGAAAUGGUUCAUUCAAAAUGGUUUGUGAAGAAAAUGGAAUUUCCAUAGCAGGUGACUGA